AUGGCAGUAACAGUAACAGACGCAGACGACACGAUCGUGCUCUCCGACCUCGUGCGGACAGGCGAGGCGUCCCGUCUGCGCCGACGCGGCGCUGUGCGCGUGGGCCCGCAUGAGCAUGUACAUGGAGAUGAGCAGGACAUGGUGGACGGGCCAUUUACGGCUCACACUCAGAUGGAGAUGGAGAUAUUGAUGAAUGCGGGGAUUAUGGGGCAUCCGCGGUUGGAUGAUGUGAGUGUGAGCUUGGGGUGGGAUGCUGGUGCUGGACCGGGACAUGGACAUGGACACGGACAGGGACGGGGAGCGGGACAGGAGGAGGCGUGGGCGCGCGGAGAGGAUGCGUAUACAGGAGAAUUCGACCCGGAUUACGAGGCGGAGUAUGAGUACGAUGCGUGGGCGUGGGCGGACGAUGGGCAUCUCGAUCCGGGGGAUGGGCGUGGAUUACCAUCAUCACCGCCGCCGCCGUCGAUGUUGCCAUCGUCGUCGCCGGACCCAGCAUCAUCAUCAUCAUCAGCAGCAGCAGCAGGAGGAGGAGCAGCAGCGGCGGCGCUGAUGUCAGCGACGUUGUCGGUGUCGCCGGAAUUUUAUCGUUCGAUUGGAUUUGUCUCUGAGAUGGUGCCGAUGCCGUCACCGCAUCCGCAUCCUCUGCCUUGGCCCUCUGGCACCGACCUCGACCCUAGCAGCACGGAAGGUACAGCCGUCACCAAUCCCUCGGCUGAUUUGGAUGAGUUGCAGCCGCCUCUUUUGGACCCCUUUAAUGGGGAUGGGGAUGGGGAUGGGGAUGGGGAUAGUGAGAUUGAUAUUGAUUUUGUUGUGCGUGAAAAUGGAUAUGUGGAAGUUCGAGGCGGAGGUGGAGGUGGAGAGGGUGCGGGUGAGGGCGAGGGCGAGGGCGAGGGCGGAGACGGAGACGGGGAUGAUGAGGAGAUGCAGAGCGCCUUGUCGGAUGUUAUAGCGCAUUUGCGGUAUACGGCGGAGAAUGCGCCGAUCAGACGGUUGAGAUCGCGCGGAGGACGUGGGCGGAGGCGUACUGGUAGUCUGAUUUUUAUACCGGGGGCUUUGGGGAGGUCUAUGUCGAUGUCGAUGUCGAGGUCGAGGUCGAGAUCGAGGGAUGAUUUGAGUGCGCGUGAUGGGUUUGUGGGAAGAGAGCAAGUGGACGAAGAGUCUGGAGAUGCGGGGGAGGAGGGGGAGGGGGAUGGUGAUGGUGCGUUGCUUUCUAGGGAUGAUAGGCGCGUUGCGCAGGCUGCUGGGCGUCUGCUUGUAGAGUUGGAUGAGUGGAGGAAUAGUGAGGCGGAUGAUGAGGGCGAGGGCGAUGGUGACGAAGGUGAGAGUGAGGGUGAGGUACAGCUGGAACAUGAAUUGGACGCAGAGAGGACGGUUGGAAUGGAUGUGCGCGCGAUUGUUAGUGGCGCGAGUACGAGUUCCAGUUCGACUGGGAGCUUUAUUGCGGAUGUGGAUAGGGAGAUCGCGUCGGCGUCGGCGUUGGCAGCUGAUGCUGCAACAGCAACAGCAACGGUACCAACAACGACAACGGCUAUAGCACCACUACCAACCUCAACUUCAACUACGACGACAGCAGCCCUGUCGGGACCACCUCCAGCUGCUCAUGCUCAUGCUCAUGCUCAUCCCGGCCCAAGCGCGAUACCAGCCCCGAACCAGGGCGUUCGCGCGCUACCCGUUCCGCGAGGUGCGAUGGAAAGUUUGAGGAUGUGGGAUGCGGUGGGUGUGAUGUCGAAUAGGGUAAGACGCGGGGAGGGGGCUGUGGGUGGGAUGGUGGGGAUGGGGAUGGGUGUGCAACGGGAUGUUGGAGAGGAGGUGCGGGAGGAAGAGGGAGAGGAGGAGGAGGAGGAAGAAGAAGAGGAAGAUGGGUACAUCCUCGUGUGCGGUGCGCCGAUCCCCUCUUCCUCUUCUUCUUCCAAAACUUCCAAAACGGAUAGUCGGGGAAAUGGAACUGAAAAACAUGAUGGUAAAGGGAAAGGGAAAGGCAAGGCGAAAGAUGAAGGUACAGAAACCGAAGAGGAAGAAGAGGAAGAAGAAGAAAAAAGUACAGGUUGUGGUGCGUUUAUCCAUGUUCGUGGUGUACCCCGCGCAAGGCACGCGUUUGGGUUUGGAGGGGUUAUUAGGCCUUCGCGUGCGGGUAUAGAGCAGCGUGUACUUGGGGUGCGGGUUGAUAGUGGUGUUGGUACGGGUGUCGGUGUCGGUGUCGGUGUUGGUGUCGGUCCAGGCAGGAAUGUGGGCGUGGAUGUCGAUAGUAGCACGAGUGGAAAUGCAAGCGGUAGUGGGAUUGGGAUUGGGGACAGGGUUAGGGAUGCGCUAGGAGAUGGAAACGACGCGACGUACGCGUAUAUUGCAGAUGGUCCGGCAGAAGGUGUCGUUGUCCCCAUGGAUGCGUCGUAUUUCCUGGAAGAUGUGUCUUCAUCAUCAUCGUCGUCUUCGGCGGCGGCGGCGUCUUCCUCUCGCCCCGCUCCUGUGGCCGACCCGUCUUCAUCUCGAUCCUCGCAGACGCACCAGCAGCGCGAUAUGCAUCAGCCAGCUUAUACCCGCGAACAUCGAGCAGCGGCACGGAGGGCUAUAAGAGCUGUAUGUGGAUGUAUAAGAGAAUGUGUCGGGUGUGCUGUAUGGUGA